AUGUCCCUCCACAACGGCGCAUACAGCCAUCAGGGCUACUCAGCGCCGCCUUACAGCCAGGGAUAUCACCACCCGCCGGGGGGCCAGAUGUACGCCCAAGGCCACAGCAACACGCAAAUCUACUACACGCCCGACAGCAACAACGCCGACGACGCCGCGUCUUCGUCGGCGUCGUCGGCGCGGCACUGGUACGGCCAGCCCGGCCGGCCCCGCAGCGAAUGCUCGCCGGCCGUUACGGCGGACGACACCUUCGCCCGCAAGAGGCGGCGCCUCACCUACAUGUACUACGUCCUGCGGCAGAUCGCCAUCAUCGUGCCGCUGGUCGUCAUGUUCCUCAACAUCAACAUCUACGUCUCGCGCCGCGGCAAGUACCUCAACGACUCGACGAGCCCGGCCGACCCCAUCUUUUACACCAUGUGGCUGACCGUCCCCAUUUCUUUCUUGAUGUUGAUAUGGUCCCUCACGGCCGUGAUAUGGCGCAAGAGGGAGCCGUACCGCGGCGGCAUCCCGAAGCAUGUCCAUUUCGGCAUGGAGCUGUGCUUCGCCAUGGGGACGACCAUCUGCUGGGUCCUCCUCGUCAUCCAGAUCGAGUCCAAGAAGUCCAACGGCUACUACGCAUACCCGUACAUCCAGUACGAGGCGGCCCUGGCAUUCCUGCUGGGCCUCAUCAUGAUGUCCGAGUUUGGGCUUAUCGCCCGCGCGUGGUUCGAGUUCAGCCACGACAGGACCCGGUACAAUAACGAGGCCAUGGUGCAGGUGUAA